AUGGACGGUGAUAAGAGGCGAGCCAUAGCCAUUUGGAACGAGAAGGUGUUUGCAGAGGAAGUGAAGAGGGUUUCGAGCGGAGCCAGCAACGGGACCACCGCCGCGUACUCCGUCAAACGAAAGCCCCCGUCCGACCCAGACCAGGACCAGGAGCCCGACACGGGCAAGCGACCCCGCCAGGAAUGCCCAGAAUCUCCCUGUUCCGGGCCCAGCCCGUCCUGGAAUCAUGACAUCCCCGUGCCCCAGUCUGUCUCCCGCUCCGAGUCGAGUCCGCCCGGGUCCAGUCCUAGUGCCACGCGCGUCAAAUCCCAGCUGGCCACCGCCACCCCCAAGGUCGUCUUUCUGCAGCAGACCGACGACCCCGGGAGCGACGCCGUGAAAGACCUCCUGACCUUUCUGCUCUUCAGCGGCGAUCCCCUCCGCGAGGGGGAUCAGGAUGGCAUCGAGAAGAUAUCCCAGGCGUCGUGUCGCUGCACCGCCGAGUUCCGCAGCGAGGGGUCCUGGGUGAUGGACGUGGUCCGACCUUUGCUGGACCUGGCGAUUGGAGAUCUGUCGCUGGAAUCGUGGAGCGUGCAAUCCGAGUCCGUGGGUGCGAAAUACCUGCCUCGAUAUACGGCGAAAGACACGGUCUCUCGGACGAUCGAUCUGGUGGUGGGCCUCCCCAAAGAACCGUGGAUUUCCGAGUAUGAACGCAUCGACAUCGACGCGGCCGGUCGGGAUCUGAGCCACGUGGACCAUCCGCACACGGGGAAACGACUGCUGGGGCUGGGAUUGGAAGCCAAGGCGCCGGAGGGCAACUUGGUUGAAGCGCAAGUGCAACUGGCGGUGUGGAUGGCGGGUUUGGUGGUCUGGGGCUUCGACCAGCGCCCUCCGUCCAUGCCGUCGGCCGCCAGCGUCGCCCGGGGCGAUGGAGCUCCGAUUCCCCCGCCGGUGGUGGGUUGCACAAUCGUCGGAGAGGAUUGGAAGUUCUAUAUCGUCUAUGGCGCGGCGGGGGUGGACGAUUCGCUGUCGGAAGUGCGGGUCUGGGGACCACUGGCGCGUCUGAACAGCCAGACCACGACGGAAGAGGACACGACGACUCUGCUGCGGCGGCUGCGACGCGUGAUGCAGUAUAUCCAGGGCCCCUAUUUGGAAAAAUUGCUGGCAGUGAUGGACCGAUGUGAUUGAUCCGAUGCUCGGACGCGGAUUUGAUCCGGUCCUUCCCUUUUUUUUUCUUUGCCUGCCUGGGCUUCGGGCUUCAGGGCGAGAUUUACGAUAGACAUGAAUACAGGAGGUGAUUCUCGGGUUUCUACUUUGAGAACUAAAUGGUAC